GGAAUUUUCGGGAAGUAGUUGGGGAUUUUCUCAGACCUGGGGAAAAUUUGAGGUUUCGGUGCCAUUCUCCCGAUAUUUCCCCAAAGUUCACUAUAGCGGUUUCCCCAAAAUUCACCGAAAGUUGUUCAAACGUUUCCCAGAAUUGGGAGCUCGGGGUGGUCUGCAUUAUCUGUAUUCUUAUGAUUUACUAGGACGCCUUAAACUAUAUACACUAGUAUUGAUUCAUUAUAUCGUAAAUAUUAAGUUCGUUUGUUAUUUUCUCUACUUUUUUCCUACCUACGACCAAUUAUUUGAGUGGGAUUCUCAAAGCGUUUAGGACCAACGAAUGAUUUACGUCUUACGUUUCAAUUUCGACAAGAGGUCCUGGAUUACUGGGAUUCCCCACUAGAAUACGUACUAUAAGUACCUAUGUUUGAUAGGAAAAAAUAAGAUCAACUCAUCACAAUAUUACAAAUGGCAAGGAUUAACAUAGGCCACCUGACCUUGUAUUUUCACAAUUGAAUAUGAAUGUAAAAUUUUAGACGUUUCGAACUUCAUGUUUGAAUUUAAAUUCUAUGCGAACAGUGAUGACAAAGAAUUCAAGCGACAUGACACUGUGACGUAUUCUAACUUAGUUCAAUCACUCACUUUAAGUGAUGGUUACAGAGAUGUUUUAGGUUUGGGCACAGAUUUUCAUGCAAUCGCAAACGGUUCAAAACUGUGGUACAUUGCUGAAUCUGUUCUCGAUGAUUAUCUACGCAAACUGCCCAAAAGUGAACUCAAUGUAUUCGACGCUGUUCACGCACGUGAGGAUGUCAAACCUGGCUUCAUUGAAGGUGGUUUUACUCUGUGGGAUGGCAGCAAGGAUCUCGUCGAUUACAUAUCAAAAUAUUUUUCGGAAAGAAUGUGUGGAAAAAACGUCUUAGAAGUAGGUUGCGGUUGUGGACUACCAGGUAUAUUCGCUAUCAAGGCUGGUGCCCGCUUAGUUAGGUUCCAAGAUUACAAUUCCGAAGUUUUAAAGUGCUGGACUAUUCCUAACGUCAUCAUUAAUUCAGGAUCUCAAAAUGAUGCUGAUAGCCACAAUGAACACACUCAGUUGGAAUUCUACAGCGGGGACUGGUUUCAUCUUUCAAAGCUUUGGCAGUCAAGCGCCAAUGUGAAGUUUGACUAUAUCUUUGCUAGCGAAACAAUUUACCGCACAGACCUAUAUGAAAGAUUGCACAACAUACUUGAAACUAGUCUAUGUCAAUCUGGGAUCGUUUUGUUAGCUUGUAAAGCUUCUUACGGACCUGGAGGUAACAUUUUUGACUGGUUAACUUAUGUCGAGAAUCUAGGCGUGUUUCAGACAACUACUUUCAAAUUGACAACUUCUGGGGUAAUGCGAUACAUCGUGAAAAUGAUCAGAGCUUAAUUUGUUUCGAUCAACUUGUUUUGUAUAUUCUUUUUGUUCCGACUUGAUAAAUAAGAUAACAGUUGACCGUAAUUUCUAGCUGUUUAAAUAGUUUGGGAAGCCUAAUGUCACGAAAUCUUGAAUGGCAUCUUUGAUCUUUGUUUAGUGGGUUUUAUAUUAGACGAAGAUCACGACAUAAACACACCGUUUGUUACGGUUUUAUCUGUUAACAAUAUUACGUUUCGUAAACGUAAUAUUUCGUGUAAAUUAAAAUUUUAAAUCUAGUUUUCACAAAUACGUCCAGGUCGCAGCUACAUUAGUAAUAUUCAAACUAAACUGACAAACAUAAAAGUAAGUACCAACUCUACUUAAAUUUUUUUUUUCGUCAGUAUAACUUCACUUAGGUGAUAUAAAAGAGUUAUGUCGGACAUUGUAGUGUUCAGUAUGUGACAAAGGCAUUGAUUUGUGCACCCAAAAAAGAUUAGCGAAUUGUAAGUCAAACUUACCUGCUUCUUUUUGAGUCACAUUUUGGGCAUAAGUUUGUCUAUAUAACAGCUAAGUUUCUACUAUAAUGAUGAGUAAUAUCAAAGUUGAUGAAUCACAGCAGAAACCUGCAUGAUUAACUUUUUAAGCAAUAGACAGAAAAUGGUAUAACGUUCGGAAUGCAACGGGUUUCGUUAUGCUCUGAUAAUCUCUUUUUUAUUUGACUUUGGAAAAAUCUUGAUUUUGUGUAAACUGCCGGAAUCCUAGCUUCCUCCAAGUUAACUUAUUUAUCGAAUGAAGUGUUUUACAUCUGAGCACAAUUAGUUGUCUGCCUGCUUAACACCGAUAAAUAGUCUGAAAACUGUUGAAUGUUUUGUGCAAGAACAGUUAUAGCUCCAUCAGUUCAAAAUUAUUUUGGGUAAAAAUAUAAAUUAUCGUUAACUAAAGCUAUCCAUUGAUUUGGACUUCCUAGUGUAACACCUGCAAAGUGAAAUGCAUGUUUGUAAAUACCUUCCGGUUCGUUUAAAUUCAGGUGUCAUAAUCCACACAAACUUCUACCAUGUAAAUCAUACAAACCCAUGUAUAUAUCUGUUUAAAAUAUACAAUUAAGUUUUUGGGAAAACUUAUUUCAAUUGACGUUUAUUUUGUAUUACGAUGUGAUUACGUACAAGUACAAAGUUAUUAUUACUUACAACCACUUAAACUUCUAAUCUAACUAAACGUAUAGAAAGUUAUUUUUUAGUGCACUUCAAUUACUCAUAUCGAUUAAAGUUGUAAACAUAUUGAUAGUAACCAAUUAAUCUUCAACCAGUCUGAUAUUUUCUCAUAUAUGCCUUCUACCUCGAGCAUUUUCUAUGCAUUAAGGUCGUAUAUAUAAUGUCGCCGAAAAAUUAGUAUGUAACAAAAAGUUCUAUAGUUGCUACAACCUAUGAACUGUAUAUUUACGGAUUCAUAAAUAUUUUAUUUGGUGGUUUUAUGCAAGCAUAUAUAUGAGCAGGCGACAAAAGCCGAAAUACAUAUAAUAUCGCGGACUGUAUUCGCAACCAGCUGGUUAAACUGUGCAACAACACCAGGUUAAUAACUACAUAUUUAUAAGCUGAUAUGAUUGAUAUUUGCAGUUGCAACAGAUCGCAGAAAUCGUUAAUUAUUAAACUGAACUGGAUUGAAGACAUGACUUUAAUCUCGAUUUCGGUAGUUUUAAUAAGAUUUAGAUAUAUUUCAGUAAAUCUAGAAUGACUGGCUACGAGCAUUCCAUUAAAUGACAUAUUAGAGAUGUAGUUUUUUUUAGAACAGUACAUUUGUUAUUUGUUGUAAAGAACUUGUUAACAGAUAAUGUUUGUAAAAAGAACGUGGUAUACUGCUUAUCACAGCUACGUGUUAUGUACCACUCUCUGUCGUCAGUAUUAAUUUUGUCGUGUAGAUAUAGUUUGGGCUUACUAAAAAAGCCUAGGACUUUGCAGUAGCGACGGAGAAAACUACAAUGAACAUUUCUUUUGAACAGUUUGAAGCCUACAUAGAGCAUCAAGAGAAACAGUUUGGAAAGUCUCAAACAAGAAUCAUAGAAAUCGUUCAGAUGUGUCUGUCUCAGCAAAACCCCUCUUUUGGUGAGUUUGGAACUUACAAGGUUAAACCACACAAAGUUAACGCAAUGACAGCGGUAAGCCAUCAUUCCCAUGCUGGUUGUGGCGGUUAGUGCUUCAAAAGAUUUUUCCCGUUUCGAAAUCAUUGUUGUACUACAUGUUCUAGAAAAGGUCAUUGAUAAGUCUUUCAACUGAACGUUUCUAAUAGUCAGUCAGUCAUUAACAACGUAGAACUUCGUACGUACGUACAUCAGUUCAAGUUGCCAUACCACAUUAGCACAGAGAUGCAGUUGUCGAUUCAAAUCCCCUAGUGGUAGAGGUAGUAAGAG